AUGCUGGCAGUGGGCGCUGGCGCAGCGGUGGCGGUGGGCGCCGCUGCUGCCGCUGCGUUGGUGUGGUACUGGGGCAGGCUAGAGGAGAAGCCUGCCGCGUUGGGUGGCUCGAGUCUGCUUGCAAGCUGGCUUGGCGUGGCUGCAGCAGAUCCUCAGCCGCAGCAGGAGCCGAUGGAGGCGAUUGUCCAGCUGGGGCCGUUGAGCGAUGACGCUGACGCCAGCUCGGCUGCAGACCCGGCUGCUCCUGCUGCUGCUCCUCUUCCUGCUGCUGCUGCUCCUCCUCCUGCUGCUACUGCUGCUGCUGUUGCCGUGCCACCGGCAGCGGCAGCACCAACAGCGCCGUUAGAAGCAGACCGCGGUGGUGGCGAGGAGGCCGGCCCGCACUCACCGGCUCCCCUUGCCAACGGUCCCCGGGCCCGCCCGCCUCUGUCCCUUCCGAGCACCCCGGCCGCAGCCGACGCGCCGGGCCUGCCCCAACCAGCGUCGCCGCCAAGCGCGCCCGGCAGCCCCGCGCUCUCGCACCCGACGUCCUCUCCCAGCGGCGCGAGCAGCAGCAGCAGCAGUGGUGGCGCCGCUGCCGCCGACCCCUCCGAUGCGGGCGAAGGCGAGCAGCAGCAGCGGCGCCGCACGAAGCGCGGCCCGGCGGUCGCAGCGAUUGUCGCAGCCGUCUCCGCCGCAGACGCGCAGGGCGGGUCCCCACCGCGGCCCCCCUGGCCUGCGGCUCAUGCCAUGUCCCCGACAAAGCCGCCGAUGCCGCCCGCCGGGCAUGGCGGGCAGCAGUCGCCCAGGCUCUUCCGCAGCUCUAGCGCCGGCGGCCUCUCGUCGGACGCGGCCGCCGCGGGCGCCAGCGGCGGCGGCGCCGCCGCCCCCACGGCCGGCGCCCGCGCGAUCGCGCCGCGGCUGCGGCGCUCGUUCAACACGGCGCGGACGCCGCAGCCGCUGGACACCGCCUGCUCGGCCUCGCCCCUGACCAGCGCCCUGCAGGCGCAGUACUCAUCCGGCUCUCUCUUGGACUCGCUGCCGCUUUCGCCGGACGAGGGCGGGCCGGGCGGAGAGCUGGACGGGCCAGGGGCGGCGGCCGCCGCGGUCGCAGCGCGGGCGCGACGGCCGCUGCACGAGCGCGUGGCGCUGCUCGCAGAGCGCUACUGCGAGAAGCUGCAGGACAUCACGGGCGAAUUCGGGGAGUCGACGGCUCUCGACAUCGGCUGCAUGACCGGUGCCCUCACAUUCUGCAUGGCGGCCAGCUGGCCUUCGUCCCAGCCGGUCUUGGUCCCUCCCUCCCUUCUCCUCCUCCUUGCGGGAGUCUGA